AUGAAUAAUAAAAUUGGUUCUAUUCCUUCCCUUGAUGGUAACCAAGUUAAUGUUAUUAAUUCUAAUGCUAGCAACGAAGAUAACUCCCAUAUAUUAUCCCCUUCUAGUUCCUCAGCCGCAGUACCUAAUAUGAAAUACUACAAGACCAUAAUAAUAGGACCCAAGAAAUCGGGGAAAAGCUCAUAUUUGUGUAAAUUAACUACUACAAUUUUCCAAGAGACUUAUUAUCCUACAAAUAUAGAAAGUUUCAACACUUUUAAUGUAACAAUUGAUCCUAAUGAUAUUAUAUUACAACAGAAUGAAUAUAAAGAAUUCAAUAAUUCUGUAACAUAUGUUAAUGAUCCAAUAUAUUUUGAUGUUUUGGAUACAUCAGGCAUUUCAUUGAAGCAGUUUGAAGAACAGGCUAGCGGAGGUAGUGGUAAUAAUAAUAAUAAUAACGACAACAAUAAUAAUAUUAAUGCCAAUGGUAGAGCUAAUCCAAUAAUGUCCAGUCAAUUUCGAUUAUGUUUAGAUUAUGAGUUUUGGAUAAAGAAUCAACUUUUAGGGUGUUUUAUCAUGUUCGAUGUUACCAAUUUAAGCGAUAUAAAAUUAACGUAUGAGCACAUCUUACCAUUAUUAUUCAAUAAGAUCGGAAAAUCUAAUGCAGAUCAAAAUUACAGUAAGCUUUGUUGUAUUAUAAUUGGUAACAAAACUGAUUUAAAAAUCGACUCGACAUGUAAAAAAUGGGUCGAUAGAAUUAAAAAAGACUUUGUUAAUAAAUACAAAUAUUGCAAUUAUGUAGAGUUUAGUUGUAAAGAAGACAAUUUAAGUAUUUUACAACUACCGCUGCUGGAAUUAAGCAAAAUAAUCGAGAUUAGGAAACAGGAAACUAUAACUAGCAAUCAAAAAGAUAAAAUUAAGAAAUAUAAAGAUGCGCGAUCUAAAGGGGAAUGCAUAAUCCAAUAA